AUGCAGCAGACCUCUACUUCUGUGCCUCAUAUGUUUUGGUCGGCGAGCAAUUCAUCCACAUCCACAUCAAAUCUGACCACUAGAGCUAUGGAUUCCAUUUCUCCCAUCCAAACGCCUUCGACGAGUAAUGCUUCAUCACUAUCACCAACUUCCGAUUAUGUGCCUGAGAAACAAGGCGAAAGACAGUUAGCAGUCGUUCCGGACCAUCAAAAGGACCGGAUUACAGUCCCAUCGGCAUGCGUCGCUUGUCGCUCCAAGCACCUCAAAUGCGAUGGCUUUAGUCCAUGUUCUAGAUGCUCUACUAAUGAAUAUGAAUGUGUUUACGUGAGAAGUCGUCGAGGCUUUAAGGGUCCAAGACGUAAUGGGGCUCAAAACAAGACGGCGGCAUCGGCGUCAACUCAGUCAAACAAUGCCAGAGCUUGUCCAUUAGUUCGACCAGGGACAUCAUCUACCACCAUCAAUACCACCGGUAAUUCGGCCAACAUCCCCAGUGGAUUAGCUACACCUCCCGACAAUAGACUACAGACGCUACCGUUCGGUCCGGCAAAUCCUCCGUCUUAUGUUAUUAAUAGAGAUCAAACGGUUUUAGACGUCAAUAAACCUCAAUAUAAUGGAUUAGACCUUCGACAAAAAUGUAUCGAAGCAUUUUAUUAUCAUUUUUGGCCCGCACACCCAUUUCUUCUCCCAAGAGAUAAUCUGCUUAGAUUGCUCAAGGAGAAAAAACAACUGGAGCACUUAGAAGCUGCUAUGAGAUAUGUGGGUUCAUUCUUCAUAGAUCAAGCACCUACUACGGCGCUAUGUCUAGAAGCUGAACGAGCAAUUUAUCGUCCAGACUGUCCCAAGGAUGGAUUCAAAGUUCAGGCAAUGCUUAUUCUUUGCAUUGGGCUUGAUGGUUAUACAUAUCAAGAGAAGGCCCUGGAAGUCCUUACUGAUGCUCAAGAGUUGGCAUUACAACUGGGAAUGAACAAAAGAGAUUUUGCUUCCAUGCACGGAAAUGGCUGGUCUAGUUUGGAAGAGAGUUGGCGUCGUACUUGGUGGGAAAUGUUUGUGGUUGAUGGCAUGAUUGCUGGUGUUCACCAAAAGAGUUUCUUUCCUAUGAAGGACAUACCCGCAGAAGUUGGACUUCCAUGUGAAGAGAGCGAAUAUAUUAAUGGAAAUAUUCCAUCCCCUCAUUUCCUUACAGACUUUGACGAUGAGGAUUUUCAACAUCGUGAUUACAGCUACUCCUCUUUCACAUAUCGUAUCUCUGCGAUCCGAAACUUAGGUCGACUAUUGACAGGAAAGAUGAUCAAUCCACAUCCUGACAGUUCCGCCGUCGAUCGUCUUGAUGCGUAUCUUGUAAAUUUUCGUUUACAUCUACCAGAUAACAAGAGACAACUCGUCAGUGGUGAUGGCAAGCUUGAUGAGAUGCUGUUCCAAGCGAAUAUGAUUACAGAAGCCGCGACUAUUGUUCUCCACCGUGAGCUCUCGGAAUUAGAUAGUAGUAUCACUACUCCCAUAACCUCCUGUGCUCCUCACCACCCCAUCAUGCCCGGUUCAAACUACAACAUCCACGCCUCCAAAACUAUUACCGCCGCCCAAUCAAUCUCCAAACUCAUUACUCUCCCCGUUCCCUUAAUCCGCCAUACACAUUUCUUCACCUGCGUCGUAACUCUUGCCUCUGUAGUCCAUCUCUCUUGUUGGUCUGUUCUCUACCCUACUCUCAAUGAUGACGAUUUGAAACAACAAUUGAAACUGAACACUGGGGCUCUGAAAACUUUAUGGCAAGUCUGGCCUAGUGCCGGAAGAGCAUUUGGACAGGUUAAAGGAGUAGCGAGUGAGAUUUGGCAGAGGAAAAAGGAGGUUGUUGAGAGAGGGUGGUGGGGUGAGGCUGGUGAGGAGGGCUUUAUUAGGAACAUGCAAGAGGAACAGGGAUAUCUGGAGGAAUUGCAAUUACUUGAUGCUCCUGUACAUCCGGGAUUUUAG